AUGGUGUUGUCUUCGGUCUUUCAUCAUUCUCGGCCCCGGCAAUCCAGGUUCUUCGUAGAUUCUGAUGAAGCCUCAUCCACAACCCCUUGCGGCGCAGUCUUUCGUGCUCAAGAACGAAAGACUGUGCCGUCCUUCGCGCGUCUCGCGCGGGUUCCUUUGCGGAUGCGGUGGGACCCCAGCGGGUCCCUUCCGCAGUCGGAUGGGACCCGCCAAUUUGACGCUGUCAAUGUUGAUGUUGCUGAAAGGAAGCACAUGUUUUUAAGGGUAGACAUCGUGGGAUACUCGCAGCUCGUUUGGCUGCUGAGUGAUUUGUUCAUAGUUGGUCUGGACACGACCGUCACCACGCUGCGAUGGAGUGUGCUAUUUUUCAUCAAAAGACCAAAAGUGACACAAAAACUAGUUGAAGAAAUCGACUCCGUCAUCGGCAGCGAGCGUAAGCCCUGCCUCAACGACCGUGACAACAUGCCGUACAUGGGAGCCUUUAUCAACGAAGUUAUGCGGUUCUCGACCAUCACUCCUCUCGCAGCUCACGCCACUCCUGAAGACACAACUCUGGGGGAGUACCACAUCCCCAAACAGACCCUGGUCAUCGUCAACCUCUGGGGCAUCCAUCACGAUCCAAAAAGCAUCGUGGUGAUCAACUCCCAGGAGUGGUUGUACCAGGCCUUCGUCAAACAGGGCGACCACUUCAACCAUCGUCACCACAGCACCGUCAUCUACUUCAUCACUAACGGACGAGGUCGCGAUUUUUAG